AUCUUUUCUAUCUAUGGUUUUAUUUUCAAACAUUCCCCGCUUGGCGUUGGGCGCACUUGCUAAUAAUAUAACUUAUUUACUGAUAUGAACCAAAGGUUUAGCCAACUAAAUGUCGUCACUUCUGCUAAGGUGGGUCGUUGCGGGGUGGCACGGCUCGGGAAGCUUUAUACUUACCAAGCAGGAAUGGUGAGGUAAUGGACUCCGAGGCUGUUACCGCUAUAUAUUCUGCAAAUCUCUCUCUCUCUUAUCUCUCUCUUCCGUCAUUUUCAAAUUUCAAAUUCAAAUUCAAAUUAGUUGCCUUCGCCUUCCCUAAUUCCAUUUUCUCACCCUACUUGCCAUGUCGAACCGCGCUGUUGUCAUUGUCGCCAAGGGCGAGGUGCAGAUCAAUGAGGUCACCGUCCCAAAGCUCCGUGAUGAUUAUAUUCUAGUCAAGAACCACGCCGUAGCUCUUAAUCCCACAGACUGGAAGCACGUCGACUAUCUCCCGGACGCUGGCGCCCGCGUGGGCUGUGACUAUGCUGGCACCGUUCUUGAAGUUGGCUCUAAAGUUACCAAGGACUUCAAGAAGGGAGACCGUGUUGCAGGAUUUUGUCAUGGCGCCAAUGCAGUUUACCAUGAAGACGGCGCUUUCCAGGAAAUUCUUACUGCGAAAGGCGAUGUCCAGAUUAAGAUCCCGGACAACCUGAGCUUUGAAGAGGCGUCGACUUUGGGUGUCGGAAUUACCACUGUCGGCCAAGGACUCUACCAAUCGCUCCAACUUCCAUUACCAGGGAAGCCACAAACCGUGAAGACCCCACUUUUGAUCUACGGUGGAAGUACAGCCACAGGAUCCCUCGCGAUCCAAUAUGCCAAGCUCUCCGGGUUGACCGUCGUCGUGACAUGCUCGCCACGGAACUUCGCGUACGUCAAGAGCCUCGGCGCUGACGCCGCAUAUGAUUACAACUCCCCGUCAUGCUCCAAGGAUAUCAAAGAGUACACUAAGGGCCAGUUGGAGCACGUUUUCGAUUGCAUUUCCGAGGGAAACAGCACCAAAAUCUGUGUAGAAGCCAUGAGCUCGGAUGGCGGUGUCUAUAGCACCUUGCUAACCCUUGACGAAAAGACAGUGACUAGCAUCAACAAGAAUGUUCAGCUUAAAAUGACUUUGGCGUAUACCGUUGUAGGCGAGUCAUUCAAGUACAAGUCGACGGAGAUCCCUGCUGUGCCUGCGGAUUUUGAGUUCGGCAAGAUCUUCUGGGAGCUGUCGGCAAAGCUGCUAGCGGAUGGGAAGGUGAAGGUGCAUAAGCCAUCUGUAAACAAGUUUGGCAAGGGACUAGAAGGUGUAGUCCAGGGGUUGCAGCAUAUGCGUGAGGGGAAAGUUAGCGCAGAGAAGCUUGUAUUUACCUUCUAGAUCAAGAUAGUAUGAAAAUACCUUUGGAAACUGAAAUCGGUCUGAAGGCAUUUAAGAGCUAACUUUGUUGUUGUGUUUGUG